GUGAGUGCUCUCCCUUAGAUUCAUUUCAUCCUUGCAACAUUUUUACCACUAUCUAACUUAGAGUGACAAGUGUUUUUCUUCUACACCUCUACACAGAAGGUACACACAUCCAAAUCAGAUAUAAAUAAGGAAGACCCUUCAUUUAAGUCAAGGUUUCCUCUCGUUUCUGAAGAUUAAUUCCUAAGUGCGAAACAACAACAACCCCUUCGGGAAUUUAUUCAACGCUGUGUGUAAAGUGUUUUGUGAUUAAAAUAAGCAAAUGGAUAUAAUCUUAAUUGUAAUUCAGUGAGUGCGUAUAGAGUGAGAGGAGUUUGAGCCAAGCGAGCGGGUGUCCUUGGCGAAAGGAUGAGGCGAUUGGGAAUUAAUUUUGUUACAAGUUGUUCUUGUUCUUAAAGUGACUUUACGCGUGUGUGUAACAACUUUUAACUCAGUGGGGGUGUGUAGUAGGGUGGCGAAUUGUAUGUGUGCUUAAUUUUUGAUUGCAAAACUUUUUUCUAUACCGUCAGGAUAUAGUUGCGUAUCACAAACAAUUGUUGGAUUAAAACAAAUAAAGGAUAUCCUGUGAAAUUGGGUCAAAGAUGGAUUAAAAACACACGAGCAUUUCCGGGGAAGUCGCAUCCUUCAAUCAUCCCGACGACGACGAACGACAAGACGCGACUUUUUGUACGUCUCGUAGAAUCCUUUGUAUUCUGGUGCGGCGGUGUGUGACCCGAAAAACCACAGCACAGAAAGUCACAACACUCUCCCAACCCAUUGUAAACAUCAAUUAAAAUGACAGACAACCCCUCAGCUCAAGUUCUUCCGCCAUCAGUACCUCAGUUAUCAACUCAAUGGAAUACCAAAGAGAUUCCAAUUAAUGAAGUCACAUCCUUCAACUAUGACGAUGAAUAUCAAGUAUUCAUUCUCAAACAACAACAACAAUACAACAACUACAACAAUAAUUAUAAUAACAGCAGCAAUAGCAACAUUGAAAUUGAUGCCAUCAACCGAAUCCUGGAAAUUAAGGACAAAAACCUUAUUAUUAUGACAGCAAAUAUCAAAGAAAACAAAAGCCGUCGUCGUAUAACUGCCACAACAUCGUCAUCAGAAGCACAUCUCUAUGAAAGCUUUGAAAAUUAAAUAAUUGUUAUUUACACCUCGCGCCCUAUAAAGUAUACAAAUACGAAGAACAAAAAAAAAUCAACCCCAAAGUACUCACUCAACUAUUAAGCAUUUGUCUUAAUUUUGCAUCAAAAGUCUACCCUCCUUCCCCAUCAUCAACAAAACCAUUACAAUAUCCAACCCCCUCAGAAACCGCAACAACAACAGCGAAAGGAGGAGGAGUAGUAGGUGGAGGAAGGAUACAAAAUCAUCCCCCUUGAAGAACAUUGUACAUAACGGGAUUAUCAUAACGAAUUCUCUAAUUAGCAACCCCUAAAUCCUGGCAAUAAAUCACGUUAAAUCUAGGAAAUUCAUUUUUAUUGUUUUUCUUUUCUUCCCAUUUGUACAUAUACGCUAUUUUGAUUUUCAAGUUCCAACAAAAACAAAAAACAACCCCCCUUCUCCCCCAACCCCUAGAAAAAGGAAAACUAUGAUAACACGACUCUACACAACCGAAGAAGACCCCAAUUUGUGUUCGAUUAUUUGGGGUGCAAACUUGUCGCGUGACGAUGAGAUUGAUGUCAGUAGCAUUAGUGAGGAUGCGUCCGCAGCAAAUGGGAUGCAAAUCCAAGAGGAUCCUAGAACAGACGCCUUGCGAGAAUUAUCAUAUGGAAUCGUUUUGCCCAUUAUCUGUGCGCUGGGGAUUAUUGGUAAUGUCCUCAAUCUUAUCGUCCUAACAAGAAGAAAUAUGCGGGGAACAGCAUACAUUUAUAUGCGAGGAUACUCCGCAGCAGCGCUUCUAGCCAUUGUCUUCGCUAUUCCCUUCAGCAUUCGAAUUCUAAUCCACAAGGACCUCGGACAGUGGGAGGAAUUUGGACCGGCUUUUUACACAGCUCAUCUGGAAUUGUUUCUUGGCAAUGGAUGUCUAGGAGUCGGUGUUAUGAUGCUUUUGAUUCUCACCAUCGAAAGAUACGUAUCCGUUUGCCAUCCAGGAUACAUUCGUCCAGUUAUGGGUCCCCCAAGGAUGACAGUAAUUCUGAUACCUGUGGUAACGUUUUUUAUUUACCUGCCGAGUGUCUUCCGUGGUGAGCUGAUAAAGUGUGUCCUGCAAGCAGAUGGAACUUUCGUGUAUUUUCGAAGAGAAAACAGUGAAUUCCUAAGCACGUUAUUUUAUUCGGUUUACAAAGUAAUGUUGGAGGUUCUUUUUAAACUUGUACCUACUGUUCUUAUAGCCGGUUUCAAUCUAAGAAUAAUGAUUGUUUAUCGGCAGACAUGUGAAAGGCGCCGAAAGAUGAUUUUAUCACGGACAACAUGUUUUAAGGACGAUGAUCCGCGUAAAUUUGCCGAAGAAAGAAGAUUAUUUUUACUUUUGGGGAGCACGUCAGUGUUAUUUCUCGUGUGUGUAUCCCCAAUGGCUAUACUUCAUAUGACGAUAGCACAGGAGUAUCUAUCAAGUUUUUCAUUUCAAGUAUUUAGAGCAUUGGCAAAUCUUAUGGAAUUAACAAACUAUUCGAUUACGUUUUAUAUAUACUGCCUCUUCAGUGAAGACUUCCGCAACACUCUUAUGAGAACAAUAAAAUGGCCUUGGAUUCCAGCUUCAUUAUGUAAUCAAGCAGAUGAAGUAUCAACUAAAGCCACUCCACUUAUAAAAUUGGAUAAACUAGCAUUUAAAAAUCAUCAUAUUACAACAACAUCGGCCCUUUGUACAGCAGCUGGCCGUUCAAGUAGUAUAUGAUCCAAUAGUUUACCUCUGCCAAUAGCAGUCUAGGGAGUAUUAUAUAUAAAAUUAAGGAAAUUAUAAAAUAAAAAUAUAUUCAUUUAUAAAAAUAUGUAAGAGAAUUAAUUAAACAAAAUAAAGCUCAUGAUGGAAAAAAUUUAAAAAACGAAAAACAAAACAUGCAUGUUAAUUAUAUUGCUCAUUUAUAAAAUGUUACAAAUUUUUUAACAUUCAAAUUUAUAAAAAAAGGAUAAUGAAAAGGGAUUUUCGUUUUUAAAACAACUUUUAGAAAAAGUCCAAUUAUUAUUGUAUUAUUAUGUAUGUAAAAUAUAAGAUGUAUACAAACUAUAAGUUUUUCUGUAACAAAAUAUAUACAUAAAUCAAAAUAUAUAUAAAAUUAAGAUUUAUUUAUUAUUUUUCUUAAUAAAGGUUCCCUGCAACGAUCGUUAUAAAUUGUGUACAAAUGAGAAAAAAAGAGUAUUGAAUGCGAAUUAUAAUUUUUGUUUAUUUCAUUAUUUUUAACAUUUUUGGAUACCAAUUUACUUAUUUCAUUCUUCAUUAAAAAAAUGUUAAACAAAAAGUUCAUAAGGCCUUAAUGUAAUAAAUUACCAACUCUAGCAUAAUACUUUAUCCUCCGAAAAAAAAAUUCGAAAGAAAAUUUAAAAAUAGUGAAAUAGAAAAAUUUAUAGAAAAAAUCUACCUUAAAAAUCAACUCUAAGCAAAAAUUGUAAAUCUUCUCAAUAUUUAAGAAUUAUUUUUAAUGGGCAGUUGUUGUGUUUUUAACUUUGAAGCCGAAAAACAAGAUCAAUAGUUUAGAAUUUUAAAAAUAACUUAAAUAUCUUAUUUGAAUUCGUGAAACCGUUUCAAAGUUUUUCCUUAGAAUCUCUUUAUACUCAUUUGUCACCAAAUAUCCAAAAAUGUAUCUAUUUCAAAUAAGAAUUACAUCAUUACUACGAGAAUGCCCAAAUGGGUUGAAAUCGUAACUCGAUUUAUUGUAUUUUCAAAACAUUUCGAAAU